UCGAUCAAUGAAUUUCUGUAUCGGUUUCUAUCUUCGUCUAUCUCUAUCCGGGUUUUUCUUUUUUAUCUAUUUUUCUAUCUCGAUUUGUGGAGCUUUUUUGCUCUGAAAAAUGUCCAUUUUUGUUUUCUGUUGUCAACAACUUCAUUCUAUCAAAUGGAGCAAACAGGAGCAUUAGCAUCAGCAUUGUUGUAAUGAGCUAAUACGUGGUUCGUAAGUUCCAUAUGUUGAUGUAUUCUUUCGAUAUACGUGCGUCCAAGUCUUCAUUAAUCAUCCGUACCCAAUACGAGCAUCAAAACAAAAUCGAACUCUACUUUACUCCUGUGUUAACCGUUCCAGUCUUUAUUUAUACGCAAAGUCUGCUGCUAGACGGAGGGAGGGAGGGAGGGAGAAAGGAUAAGAGCAAUUGAAUUUUCACAAGUUUAGCGUUAACGGCUCAUGCCAAAACCCUAGCAAAAGAAGCUAUCUUUAUAGGUUCUAUUUUGAAACUCACUCAAGUCCGUAAGUCUUGAUCUUUGUGGCUAUCAAUUUCUAGCAGUCCGGUGAUUUCCAGCCUCCAUUUCAGGAUGGAAACAUCAGAAGUAAAUUUCUCGCAGUUUGGUAUUUCUGAAGAGGAAGGUGACAAGCUUGUUGCAGAAGUGAUACGCUAUAUUCUUUUUAAAACACACCAGAAUUCUGGAUGCCCAAUCAAGAGGGACGAGCUCACUCAACUAAUCACAAAAACCUAUCACCAUCGAUCCCUUCCGACUAUUGUUCUUAACAAGGCCACUACAAAGCUCUCAAGCAUUUUUGGCUAUGAUAUGAAGGAGCUCCAACGUUCCCGUCCUUCAUCUACGAAUCAGCCCCGUUCUUCACAGAGUUCUGCGGACCCGAAAUCAUACAUUAUAACAAGUCAGCUAAAUCCUGAAGUCUACAGAAAACACGUUGAAGAUUCUAGCAAAUCGCAUUUGACUGGCUUCACAUUUGUUGUUAUUGGUAUUGUUUACCUUGCUGGAGGAAAAAUUACUGAAGAAAACCUUUGGCAACAUUUAGGACGAUUGGGUUUGUCUCAGGAUGAUGAAAGACAUACCAUCUUUGGGAACACCAAGCAGGCAGUGGAAACACUUGUUCAGCAAAGAUAUUUGCAGAAGGAUAAAAGUAAUGGCCCUGAAGGCUUAACAUUGUAUUAUGAGCUUGCAGAGAGAGGUUUGCAGGCAACAACUAGCAGUAGCUUUAAAGAAAGCUUAUCACAGAUUGUGACGAGCGAAGCGGUUGCCAUCGAACUUGACUAGCAUCUUGUUGCUUAUUUGGUGGAGGUAAGUCUGUGCAAUCGGCUUUUAACUCUUGGCUGCCGUUGGAGAUGUUUAUGUAGCCGUUUUUGUAUCUACAACCCGUAAAUGGUGGGAAAUCGAAUUUAAUCAUCUUCUGGAUCUUGAUGAACGACUUAAAGCAAACAACAUGAUGAUCUUGCUGAAGUUUGAUAUGAAUGAAUGUCUCGGUCUUUUUGUUAGAAAUUUCAUGUCUUUUAGUAGGAAAUGAUGGCAACUAGUCGAAUGAUCCAUUGAUCCUCGUGUACAAGAAUCUUAAAAGUGAUCCCGCAAAAUUUCUUGAUUGACCGAAGGUUCUCCUGUGUUCGGGUCCUUGCUGGAGUUGGUUCAUGAAGUAACGGUAGCUUCUUUUCAUAUUGUCGUUCCGUCCCAAAGUAACUAAAAGACAUCGGUUUUAGAAAAUAUGUAAU